CCCAAGACAGAACUCCCCUUCCCGAAUACAUACAAUCGCACCGCAGCAACGCGAGCGCGCCUAACUGAACUCAAGGAUCUCUCUCGCGGCCAGAUAGGACCUUCCCCGCAGCAGCGCCGCUCGCUGACACGACGACAGACGACAGACUGAAGCCAGCAGCGCACAGCCGCAUGGAGGCAGCCUGACAGCCCCUCCGUUGAUGAGACCAUCGCAGCCACUCGAUAUGAGUAAAUCGCAGCCGAGUCCGUCAGCCCCGAGAGCGUCUCAGUUCCUGCCGAUGGACGCCAGCUUGGCUGAUCCGCAUCACUGCGAGGCCUCUGCCACGCCGUCGAAGCGGACGAGAGGGCGGGAGAGGGACAGGGGGAGGGAGAGGGGGAGGGGAGGGGCCUGGUGCGAUUUGAUCGGGCGCAAGCAGCGCCUGCUGGAGGCCAUCGACUCGUUUUUCUAUCGCUAUACGACCUUUGUGUUCGACCAUCCCUGCUGGGUCAGUGAGUGAGUUGAGUGACCGCACACGCACACAAUAUGUGCCACGUGCAUGUGGGUGGCACAGACAGCACAGAGGGGGACUGGCUGGACUGUGUGAGUAUGUUGUGUGUGUGUCAGUUCCUGUGGGUGCCGGUGGUGGCGUGCGCGCUGAUGGGUAUGGGUCUGCUCCGCUACAACCCCAACACCGACCCACUCGCCCUCUACGCCAUCCCCAACUCACAGGCCAUACACGUACGUUACGUAUCCACCCACUCUCACGGAGGAUGGAUGAGAAAUACAACAAACAAACACAUUGAUCGCAUCGCACACAUGGCUGUCUGUCCCUCCCUCCCCUUCCCUCCCCUCCCCUCCCUCCCGCCCCUGAUCGAUUUGAUCAGGAUUGGGACAUUCUGACGACCACCUUCGAGGGCUGGCCUCGGUUCGCCUACUUGAUAGUCGACAAGGACCCCUCAUCGGACCGCAGCGACCGCACCCACCCACUGGUGCACCCGGACACCCUGCAGGCACUGGCAGACCUGCGCGGCAAGAUAGAGUCGAUCCGCGUUGAGGUGGACGGCCGCGAAUACGGCCUGGAGCACGUGUGUGUGCAGGAUGGCACCAAGCUCUGCCAGCAUGAGAGCGUCCUGGAGUUCUUCCCCACCGGUCAGUCAGUCAGUCAGUCAGAGAGAGAGCGAGAGAGAGGUGCAUGGGUCUUAUUUGCCUGUUUGUUUAAUCGAUGGAUGGCUGGAUGGAUCGUUGUGCGUGCAUGUGCAGGCGACUACAAUCGGUCGAUCCUUUACCCCAACCACCUGGCUCUGCGCAAGGGCAGCGGUGCGUUCGUCCGGUGGCCGGUCGAUCUGAUGGUCGGCGGGGUGACGCCCACGCCAGACGGAAGAAAAGUCGAAUCAGCAGAGGGUACACACAGGCCAGCCUCCAUACCUCUCACCCAUAAUCGGGAUGUGUACCUUCCGGUGCUCUCUCUGCGUGUCAGCCUUUUUGUUCCGUUGGGCGUUGCAGGACUACGGGGGCCACGCCAUCGAGGCCGCGACGACCCCAGUGCAGCGGGCGACCGUAGCCUGGGAGAAGGAAUUCAUCGCAGUGGUGGAGGAGGAGAAGGAAAAGCUGAGGGAUGAGCGGGGCGUGAGGGUCCACCACAUCGCUCGACGAUCCAUCGGUGGGCACACCAAACCCACCGCAACCAACACAUAUAUAUGAGAGAGGGGAGGGAGAGGCAGGCAUUGAUUUCAUUCGUCCAUUCAUUCAUCCGUGUGUGCAGUUGACGAGUUGGAGAAGUCGACGACGCUUGGUUUGUAUGACUACGUGCGCUACCUCAUCGGCGGCAUCAUCAUCUUCACCUACUGCAUGCUCGUCAGCUGCUCCACGGACAUCUACAAAGCAAAGUACACACACAAACCGACACACAACAAACACACCACACCCCUCGUCCCUCCGCUUCUCGCCACACACACAGGCCCGUGUCGGCCUUUUUCGGUUGUGGCGCGGCUGUGUUGGGAUUUCUGUUCGGUGCGGGUGUGUGUUACGCUUUGGGCCUAACCCACGUGCCGCCGACGGAGGCCACUCCGUUCCUGUGCAUGGGUAUCGGUGUGGACGACAUGUUCGUCAUCUUCAACAGCUAUGCCCUGGCAGCCAAAAUCAGCGACCCACGAAGACGGGUGGCUCUCGCUGUCAAGGACUGCGGUAAGGGAGAGCGGCGGCGGGUGAGUGGCGAGGGACGGACGUCGAUUAUGUGUCCUGGGUGUGUGGCUGCCGCAGGCAUAUCGAUCACAAUCACGACUCUGACAAACCUGAUAUCGUUCAUUGUGGGUGCGACGUCGCCGUACCUCGCUAUCAGCAACUUCUGCAUCGUCACCGCCAUGUCUCUGCUGCUGGUACGGACUCAUGUAGAUAGACAUAUAACCCAUCCACUCACCCACCCACCAUGUGACUGACACCUGCUCCAUGCUGUGUUGUGUUGUGUUGUGUGUCAUGUGUGUAUGGGAUGGACGCAGGGGUACUUCUGCGUCUUGACCUUCUUCCUGGCGGCCGUGUGCAUCGACGCCGAGAGGGAGCACUGCAAGCUGUCCUUCAUCGAGGCCUACUGGCCACCCGCCAGGACAAGAAGGAGGAGAGCCAGGGUCGCUGCAACAGCAAAAACAACACCAGCACAGCAGCAGCAGCAGCAGCAGCCACCCAAGUCUCCAUACGCCGCCCCUUCCCCAGCAGGGAAGGAGGGCCCUUCACCGUUUUCGCCAUCGCCCGCCAGCACGGCCGCAUCGUCUCUGCGCAAUGUUGCCUCGCGCGACGCGUGCAGGGGGGGCGCAGAGAGCGACGCUGUUGACGACGAGGGUAAGUCUGUGCAUACAUGUCACGUCUGGGGGGCUUCUCUCUCUGCAGACAUUGGUUCAAUCAUUCACUCAUGCUGGUCGAUGUGUCGGGAUGUGAUGCGAUCGUGUGCGCGCAGCGAAUCUGUCGACCUUCGAGCUGGUUGCCAAGCAGCUCUACCAUCAGGAGCAGACCAUCAAACAGAGAAGACAGCAGCAGCAGCAGCGGCAAGAGCCAUUGCCACAGCACCAACCGCCGGCACAGCCACCGCAGCCAAGGGAGGGUUCGUGUCGCGAGGCGGUGUUCAGGCCUCGGCUGGCGUACCCGAGUGCGUAUCCGUAUGAGCGUGGUAGCGAGGGCACUGGCGAGCAGAAGGGGACAAUCGGCAGGUGGUUCAGGUGGCUCUUCCGGCGGGGCUGGGGCAGGAUGGUCACCAUACCUUUUGUACAGGUACGGAGGGAGGCCAGCGAGGGCAGGGCAGGGCAGGUCACCAAGCAACCAGCGAUCGAUUCCCUCAAAUGGACAUUUGAAUGAGUCAGUUGUAGGUGUUGCGUGACUGUGUCUGUGUGUGUGUGUGUGUGUGUGUGUAGGCAAUGGUGUUGCUGGUGAUGUGCGUGUACUGGAGUGCGUCCUACUGGGGCAUCCACGAGAUGAGCGCCGGGCUGAACCUCCUGGAACUCACCCCCUUCAACUCAUACUAUCGGGUACCUCCCUCCGUACCUCCAUACACACAUACAUACAUCACCUGAGCGUACCGACGUCAAUGUCCUUCAUUUGUGUGUGCUCUGCUGUCUGUGCUGUGCUGUGUGAAUCCAUGUGUACAUGUGUGUAGGAUUUUUGGCAGCAGUAUUUCGCCAGCUUCCCGUCCUAUGGCGAGGACGUCUUUGUGGUCUUCCCCCACCAAACGCAGUGGUGGCGAAAAGACGUCAGGGUCAGUGAGACACACACAUACACACAUGCACACAAACCUACCGACCAACCGACACAUGAGACUCACACGCAUGUGUGGUGUGCAUGGCAUGGCUGUGUCUACUUACUUGGUGUAUGUGUGUGUAUGCGAAUGUGUGUGUACGCAGGAGGCGUAUAUGGCAUUGGAAGGUCGCGUCCGCAACGGCACCUAUGCGUCCGACAUGAUCUUCAGCGGCAUGUACGAGUUCUACAGCCGCACAAGCCAGGAGACCCUCGACGCGAUGGAAGACGACCCAGCUCGAUUCAACCGCACGUACGCCCACACGCACGCCCCUCUGCGCCGCCGCCCACUCCCUCCUUCACACCCCCACCAUACAAUCAAUGGACUCACUCUCCUCUCGUGUCUGUCAGGCUGUCGAGAUGGCUGGAUCGGUCACAGUAUCAGAUCCUCAGGAGCGACUUCGUCUUCGACGCUGGUAUGGAUGGAUGGAUGGAUGGAUGUGUUUACGCAGACGAACGUAUCUGCAAAUGUCUGCCCUCCAUAUGUGUGUGAUCAGAUGGUCUGCAGCACUACCGAUUCCGCUUCUUCGCGCGGCAGAGGAUCCCUGGGGCCGACCUGGUGGAGGGCAGCCGACACGACUGCAAACAGGCAGAGCAGGACACGGGUACGCACACGCACCUGAGCACCUGAGGGCCUCAGGGCUCCAAGACACUCACACCGCACUCUCUGGUGUGUGUCCACCAUCCAUCCAUCCAUCCGUAUGUGUGUGUGGGCGUGCAGGUGGGCUGCUGCGUUGUUUUCCGUAUGCGGACAUGUUCCCCUACUACGAGAGCGACAUCUCCAUCCUGGAAGACACACUCAGGAGCCUCGGAUACGCACUCAUCGCCGUCAUGAUCGUACGCUCGCUGACGAUACGAUACACACAUGACAUGCACACACAGAGACACAGAGCGAGAGCGAGAGAGGGGGGGGGGCGGAAUGCAUUCACUCACGUGUGGACUGUGGUGCCUGGCUGCAGGUGUCGACGUUCCUGAUGCGGCAUUGGCGGAGUUGGCUGUUGGUCAUGUGCAUGCUGGUGUCCAUCGACGUGGGGCUCUUCGGCUUCAUGUACCACUGGGACCUGCAGCUCAACAUGAUCACCAUGGUCACACUCAUACUCGCCAUCGGUACGUACGGCCGGCACAACACAACACUACACCCUCACCACCCCUUCACACACACAGACAGACAUGUGGGCGCCUGCGUGUGUGUGUUGUGUGUCCAUUCAGGUUUCUCUGUGGACUCGACCACUCACAUUGCGCAUACCUUUGGCCACGCCGUUGGGCCAACAAGGUCCCACAGGUGCGCUUCGAUAUACAUACCUGGGAUGACAUCUGGAGUCUGAGAGGCCCACUGGGGCGAUGUGUUGUGUUGUGUUGUGUUGUGUUGUGUUGCAGGGCGGCUGAGACACUGGUGCUGAUGGGCAAUCCUGUGUUCCACGGCUCUUUUUCGACAUUUCUGGCCAUGCUGAUCAUCCUCACUAUGGACAGCUACAUAUUCGUCAUCUUCUUCAGAAUGAUGACACUCGUAAGACUCACACAGACAGACAGACAGACAGACAGGCAGGCAGAACGGCGAGUCAUGAGAGCCACAGCCUCCCACCCACCCAGCCACCCACUGCUGCACCCACCCAUCGGUGUGUGCAGGUGCUGUCUCUGGGGAUGUGCCACGGCCUGCUCCUGCUGCCUGUGCUGCUGAUAUUCGUCGGCCCCUUCGACCCAUACGUCCCCUCGCCCCUUCGCACCCGCAUAGCCGCCACCAGCACCACCGGCAAGGGAGCCAUGACACUCUCCCUACCGGCCACCACCACCGCCGCUAUCAGCAGCAGCAACAAUGGUAAUGUGGCGAUCAAGGUGACGCCCCCCGGUUGUCAGGCUGGUGGUGCAGGCCCCCAGGGUCAGGUCGAGACGUGUUGUGAGACCAACGUCGAGGAGAGCACCAGCUACGACGAGGUGCCUUCCAACAAUGGGGGCUCCUCCAGGGAAUCCAGGGAGGAGAGCAGCAAUUCCGUGUGAGCGGUGGGUGUGCCGUGGUGGAUGGAUGAAUGGAUGGACGGUGUAUGAUGGCAGCUGUCGAGAGCUUGCGUGUAUGCAUUCUGUGUGAGGCGCCGGUCGGUCUGUCUGUCUGUCAGCAAGGCAGUCAGCCAGUUAGCCACUGAGUCGAUGCUGGUGGUGUCGUCGUUAGUUUCUGAGCCGUGUGUGUCGUGCAUGCCUGCAUCCCUGGCUGUCUGCCUGGAUGGAUGGAUGGAUGGAGGCCUCCCCCCGGCCAGUCUAGUCUAGUUGGUGCCUUUGCUGCGACCGACCGACCGAGGUACCGACCGACUCUACUGGGCUCGCUCCUGACGCAUUUUUGUCCUGUUAUGUACCCAACACACACGAGUGUGUGUGUCCUGUGUUGCCUUGUGUUCAGCCUUGUCGUGGGUUGUGUUGUGUUGUGGGUUGUGUACGUAUUUAUAUACACAGCAGGUAGGUGUUAGGUCGCAAAGAGAUAGAUAGACAGAUGGAGGGACGGACAGCAAGAGGAAGGAAGGCUUUUGUACAGACAGACCUGCAGAGGCAGAUGGGAUGGCUGGCUGAAUGGACGGAGGAGGCAGGGAGGCAGCGAGGGAAGGUCGAGACGACCCAUCCAUGGAGACAUACAUGUGCGUGGAUUUGCUUUUUGCUUUUCCUCCUGUCUGUUUUCAUGGCAUGUGUGCCUCAUGGGGCUGGCUUAGCAAGGACUGGAUGGAUGGAUAGAUGGAUGUCGUCUGCCUGCCUGCCUGCCUGCCUAUCAGGCCCAUCCGUCAUACUAACAGACUUAUUGUGUAUAUCUUUUUGAUUGGGGCGAUUAAUCGAGGCGGCCCGCCUGACGGAUGCAGAUGGAUGUAGUAUGCGUCCAUGCAUCCGACCCGCCGGCCGGCCGAUGACGUAAGCAGAAAGGCACAUCGUGUGCCUGCCUGCCUGCCUGGCUAUGUGUGCGUGUGUGUUUGUAUGUGGUUUUGGAGGGGCCUGAAGAGGAAACGAGCAAGGAAGGGCCAUGCCAUGGGCUGGGUGGGCUGGGCUGGGGUGGUGUGGGGUGGAAGUGCAUUCGUACCUUCUUGCAUGGUGCGAUGGAUGGAUGCUGUGGAUGGAUGGACCUGUGUGUGUGUGUGUGUGUGUGUGUGGCCAUCUGUCAAAUAAAUGUCGUAUUUA